ACCGUCAUCCUCCAUGAUUCUUUCAUUCUCAAACUUCCUCAUACAAACUACCUUGCUCUUUCUUCAUUUUCUUUUUCUUUUCUUCUUUCCCAAUUUGAACAAGUUGCAUAUUCCAUCAAUUUUUACCUGAACCCUAAUCUUGGACCAUUGUUUUACUCUGGAACUUUCCCGUACCUUUUCAGAAGCUUCUUUCAUUAGAUCCGAUUGGCGAAGUAAUUGAUUUUCUUGGUGGCGCAUUUGGAUUUGUGGUGCUUUCUUUCAGAGAUGCGUAACAAUGGGGUUUGGGAUCUCGGUGUGAUUCUCACAUAACAUGGAUUCUGGAACGGGAUUUGGGAUCCCUAUUUUGAAAAAUCGGUGCUUUACGGGGAGAUUGAACCCUUUUGACGGAACUUGAGAAAGAGCAUUUGGGGUUUUGGCACUUGGUAUUGCGAUAGUGAUUCCUAGAGAGGGUCUUGGAGGGAACCAUGUUUUGGAGGGAACGUGAGAACACGGAGCAGAAUAGUGGGGUGCUCUGUGGACAGGUCAGAGUGCUAGUUGUUGGUGACUCAGGUGUUGGAAAGACUUCUCUAGUUCACCUGAUUGUUAAAGGUAUUCCUGUUGCUCGCCCUGCACCGUCAAUAGGUUGUACAGUUUCUGUGAAGCACACUACUUAUGGUAAUGCUGGCAGCUCUUCAAGUAGCCUUAAAGGUGAUUCUGAGAGAGAUUUCUUCAUUGAACUAUGGGAUGUCUCAGGGCAUGAACGGUACAAAGAUUGCCGAUCUCUGUUUUAUUCUCAGAUAAAUGGUGUAGUUUUUGUCCAUGAUCUUUCACAAAGAAGAACAAAGACUAGCUUGCAGAAGUGGGCAGCUGAGAUUGCGGCAACUGGGACAUUUUCAGCUCCUUUGGGAUCAGGUGGCCCUGGUGGCCUUCCCGUUCCAUAUAUUGUUAUUGGCAACAAAGCUGAUAUUGCUGCAAAAGAGGGUAAAAGAGUAAGCAGCGGGAAUCUUGUUGAUGUUGCACGCCAGUGGGUUGAGAAGCAGGGUUUGCUUCCAUCCAGUGAGGAGCUUCCGCUGACUGAGACCUUUCCUGGUGGUGGUGGCCUUAUUGCUGCUGCUAAAGAAGCAAGGUAUGACAAAGAGGCUGUGAUGAAAUUUUUCCUCAUGCUGAUCAGGAGAAGAUAUUUCUCAGAUGAAAUGCCUGCACCAAGACCUUGGUCCAUUCCUUCUGCUCCAAGAGCCACUCAGCGUAUAGAUGAUGAUGAUGAUCAAUGGUCCAUUCCUUCUGCUCAGAGACUUCCUCAGCGAAUAGAUGAUAACUUUAUAGAAGAUGAUCAGUCCUAUAGUACAAGCGUAAGCAGUGAUCCUUACAAGUAUGACACGCUUCCCCCCCUUCCGGCUCAAAGGAACCUAACUCCACCGCCUACUCUUUAUCCUCAACAGCCAGUUUCCGUCACUGAAAACUAUAGUUUCCCUAGAUUUUCUUUGUCUGGCUCCUCCGAAAUCAAUGCUGCAAUGAGGACAAAGCGCUCCGAUAUUAAUGUCUGAAGAUAUCUAUAUUUGGUUAUCAGUCCUUCUGUCCUUGAUAAUACAGUGAUGUGUAUUCUUGCAUUGAAUGAAGUUUGUAUGUUUCUUUAAA